AUGAACACAAAUAAAACUCAGCUUACCUACACUACAACGUUGGCAGACUUCAAUAAAAUCAUGUCUGAUCCGACAAAAAACGUUAAAGAUGUUUAUUUGCCCAUUCAAGAGGUAGCAGCUUUAGUUUGGGAGAACAAAAAAGAAUAUUUAGAGCAGGACACUGCUACAAAUGUGUUCCUCGCAGCGUUCACAACAGCAUGGGCAAGGAUAAAACUGUACAACGAGAUGGACAAAUUGGGAUCUGCAGUGUUGUACCAUGACACCGAUUCGAUAAUAUAUGCAUCCAAUGGAAGUAAUGACCCCCCUUUAGGAAACUUCCUCGGGGAAUUCACCGAUGAGCUGGAUGGAGACAUCAUCACCACAUUCAUAUCUGGAGGACCAAAGAACUACGCGUACAAAACUCAAAAAGGAAAAACGUGCUGCAAGGUUCGUGGAUUCACGCUAAAUUUUGAAAAUUCCAAAUCCUUGAACUUUAAUUCGAUAAAAGAGUUAGUAUGCAGCAUGGAUCUAGAGUCCACAAUUAUUCUGACUGACAAUAACAAAAUUACCAGGGACGGUAAGAAGAGAAAAGUUCACAGCAAAGUAGAAAAAAAACUAUACAAACUAGUGUAUAACAAGCGUGUACUGAAACACGACUACACUACUCUACCAUAUGGCUACUGA